CAGCCAACACGUUAUGUGGUUGAUGGGUUGGUCAUUUUUUCCCACUGCCUUGGUUAGCUUUCUAUCCCGUUAUUCGGAGAUAAUAGUGGCCUUGCCGUUUAAAUCUACACUAUUUAGCUAUUUAGGAUAUGAGAUUAUUAGCUAUUAGUAGAAUUAACUGGCUACAUAUAUCUACCGGUAUUUUACAAUUUAAAGUUAUAACGUACUGUUGCAAUAAUGUUGCCAUUCCUCCAAGGAUGUGUUGCUGAUUCCUCCAACAUUUCUCUUUCGCGGAUACAUUGUAUCACCUUAUUCAAACCAGUUGUCCUACAUCUAUUAUAACAUACCAAUAUCACAUAGCUACAGUAAAUCUAAGUAUGUCAUGCAAUUGAUGGCCAAAAGUUAUCUUAAUCUUUUAUUUCUUAUACUGUCGUCAUAUCAUUAUGAAUUGAAUACAUUUGCAUGACAUUAUGUAGAAGCCGAAAUAAUGCAUUAGGCCUAAUAUUGUGUGAAAACUAUUUCCUAUGUCACCACAUGAUUAUAAGUACAUUUUGCCAUGUGCCUAGAUGUGCUAGAAAUUGCAAGUGAAGCAUUCAGCAAUUUUUUUUUGCAAACAUGCCUCUGUUUGAGAAAAGAUUCAAAAUAAGUAUUGCUUUUGUUUGUGUUUGUUGGUCUAUUAAGUUUUCAUUGUGCAUGUAUCUGGUUUCACACACAAUGAUGUGAUUGGGAGAAACAUCCAUGUACAGCCUAAUCUGGGUUUGAAGCAGAGAACUGCCAUACCAGACGUGAUUACCAUCCUGUCGAGGUCGCACGCCGACCGGAACGUCUACCCGUCUGCAGGCGUGCUGUUUGUCCAUGUCCUGGAGAGAGAACACUUCAAAGGAGAGUUUCCCCCCUAUCCCAAACCUGGGGAUUCCAGCAACGACCCCAUCACCUUCAACACCAACCUGAUGGGCUACCCAGACCGGCCAGGCUGGCUGCGGUACAUCCAGAGAACCUCACACAGCGAUGGGGUGCUCUACGGAUCCCCCACUGCAGAACACGUGGGCAAGGCCACCAUCAUAGAGAUUACUGCCUAUAACAGACGCACUUUCGAAACGGCCCGGCACAACUUGGUCAUAAACAUCAUGUCCACGGAAGACUACCCACUGCCAUACCAGGCAGAGUUCUUCAUAAAGAACAUGAAUGUGGAGGAGAUGUUGGCCAGCGAGGUUCUGGGAGACUUCCUUGGCGCAGUGAAGAACGUGUGGCAGCCCGAACGCCUCAACGCCAUCAACAUCACCUCAGCGCUGGACAGGGGCGGACGUGUUCCCCUGCCCAUAAACAACCUCAAAGAGGGUGUGUAUGUGAUGGUGGGGGCAGACGUGCAGUUCUCUUCCUGCCUGAGGGAGGUGGAGAACCCCCACAACCAGCUGCGCUGCAGCCAGGAGAUGGAGCCUGUCAUCAGCUGUGACAAGAAGUUCAGGGCCCAGUUCGACAUUGACUGGUGCAAGAUCAACCUGGUGGACAUCACCAAGGUGGUCACGAUCCACAGUAACCGUCCGGACCCAGGUACAGGGGUUCUGCCUGACAUCGGGGAGUACAACCCCCCAUCAGAGUCUCUGAAGAGCAGGGACUUCUUUGCCGACUUCCUCAUCACGUUGGCAGUGCCCUCGGCCGUGGCCAUGGUCCUCUUCACCAUCCUGGGUUACUCCAUGUGCUGCCGGCGAGAAGGGGUGGAUAAAAGAAACAUGCAAACACCAGAUAUCCAGUUAGUACAUCACAGCUCCAUCCAAAAGUCGACCAAGGAGCUGCGGAGCAUGUCUAAGAACAGGGAGAUCUCCUGGCCCCUCUCCACCCUGCCUGUCUUCAGCCAAAGUGGGGAGGUGGUGCCCCCCAUACACCCAGACAACUACGAGACAACCAGCAUGCCGCUGAUGCAGACACAGACAAACCUGCAGAACCAGAUUCAGAUACCACAGCAACAGCCAUCAGGAGAUAGAGAUAAUUAUUGUAUGUCAACAUUUCGGAGACUGGAGGUAAAUGGUAUUCCUGAGGAGAGGAAAGUGGCUGAAGCACUGAACUUGUGACAAGAGAGAAGCCCAAGAGACAGUGGUGGAGCUGCUAUCUGUCUGUCCGUGUCCCUUUAAGCCAAGUGUUUUUCUAUGUCUACAUCCUAUAUAGAGUACCACAGUAUGAGUCAUAAUAGACAUCAAACCUAGCGGUCAAAUAGGGAAACGGUUCCAAUCGUUUAUCCACCAUUCAUUUUUCCCAUAGGGGAUUUUAGAAACACUUAUAAUAAGGGCUGUGUUUCAUGUAGGCUUACCCUGGUGUGACAUGUUGAUAACCGUGUAAAUCUCUCUAGGACAUUUGUAGUUUUGCAUUAUGUCUACUUUGACCCAAAUUAGCAUUUUCGAAUCUGAGAGUAGAGCCAAAUAAAUUGAUAAAAGUCACCUUAUCCUAGAGAGAUUUUAUUGGUUAUCAAAAUGUCACACCAGGGAAAGCCUACAUGAAACAGUCCUUAUUUAAAGUGUUUUGAAAAUCCCAUAUGGGAAAAAUGAAUGGUAGCAAAAGGAUUGGAAGCAUCACCCCGUUUGACCGUUAGGUUUUAUGGGUAUUAUGACACCUCCAUUGUGGGGCUCUAUACCCAAUUUCCUGCACAACUUCUGACCAGGGCCCAGAGACACUACGUCUGUCCCAAUCUGCAUGCCCCAGCAGUACGUUCAUACUCAACGCUAGUGUCCGUCAGUGUGCCCUUAUGUAUGUGAGCGAGUGGUGCAGAGUACAGUAAACUCAUGAUAAGUGCACUUAGUAUGAGAGCAAGCUGAUUAAGUGCAGUCCCAAUUCAAUUACACUCAUAACUGUGUGCUCUUAUUUAAUGCACACGGUCACCACAAUCCUAAACAGCUGCAUUUAUCAGUAGUCGACUGUGUGUGUGUAUACCAGCCUGAUCAUGAAUAACAAAUGCUACAUUCAUAGGAUAUUUAGAAAUAUUUUGUGCAUAUGUUCUAGAAAUUAUAUGAUGCCAUUAACAAUAUCAUGUUAGUAUUUUACUUUCCAUGCACAAUGCUCAUAUUUAGAGGGAAACGGAGAUGGACAGAGACGCUCGUCAAGUCCAAUCAAAUAAAAAUGUAAAUGCUAAUUUUCUGUCAUAUAACAGUAAAAAUAAGUUUGGUUUAAGUUUGCUGUCAAUUGUGUUCAACGGCUGCAACUGUAGCACCAGGCCCCCAGCACACGCAUUAUAGUAAUCUGUUAAGCCCAUCUGUGGAAGGUCAGAAGGGCCCACUCGCUCUCCCCGGGUCAUUUGUUUUCAGGGGUUGGAUGAGCUUUAAUAUUGCAGAUAGGUUGUUGCUUCCAUCAAUGUAUUGUCUGCAUCAUUUCCAAUCCCCCAGAUAUGUUUUUAUAUACACACACAUUCAUUUUGUUUUUAGAAUAUACCUUUAUUAUUCCCCACAAACCCUACCACCCUUCCCCAAUUGGAGUAAACUAAUAAACAAUCUACCUUCAGUUUAUACAUACAAUACACAUUUCACAGAAAUUAUAUUUGGUUUGUUUUUAGGCCUGGCCUUUAUUUGUGAUGUCCAUCCAGUUUGGUUUCUAUUUGUAACUGCUAUUUCACAAAGUAUAUACAUUUUACAGACCCCGUAUGUUUUACAUUGGUUAUCUUGUUAUUAGUCCCACCCUUCAGCUCCAUUCAACCCCUCCCAUCUUGCUCUUAACACCAUCCAUUUUGCAUUUCUAUUCGCCAUAUAUUUUUCAACUGUGCUGUGAUGCUUCACGAAAUAACUGAACCUUUCUAUUCUCAUAGCUUUAAAAUAAAAUGUUUGGCUAAAAUGAUUAUUGAUCGAUUGACUGACUUUUCAAAUCACCCAGUAAUGCUAUCUGCAGCGUUAGUUCUAGGUAAAUGUUGCAAUUCUUCAGCCAUUCCUGGACCUGUAACCAAAAACGAGCUACAGCUGGACAGUACCAAACUAAAUAAUCUAAUACCUGCCUCAUCACAGCAAAAUCUGCAUAGCUGGGAAGAUAUCUCAAUAUCUCUCAUUCUAUUGGUUGCAAGAAUAUUGUAGAAUAAUGUACAUUUUUGAAAGUUUGUAAAGUUUUGAAUCUCUCCAGGUUGUUGCAUUAGUUACUUCCUUAACCCCGCUCAUCCUUGGUGGGACAUAAAACGGCAAACAUCUUCUACCACUGGACCCGUCUUCCAGCUCAGCCACCACUGUCCGUCGCCAUGACAUUUUUAGUCUGCCUCACAUGCACUUUCUUGCUGGUGUUCACCUGAGGGCAACUUUGUGUUUUUUAUCUCUGCAUUAACACUAUGGAAAAUCUCCAUUGAGCAUUAUUUCAGUCCAGGACGAGGCUUAACCUGUGUCUGGGAAACUGGCCCUCACUGUUUUGACAAGGAAGGGACAAAGAAGUCAGACAAGAUUUUUAGGAAGGUUUGUAUUAUUGACAAUGUAGAAUACAAAUAAAAAGUAUCUAUAAAUAAAAUGGGUACAACUCACAUUAAAAUGUCACAAAAUAAUAUAAAUGUACAUAAAACAUAUAUUGAGGCUCUGGGGUGAACCUAGUUGUUGCUUCUUUCAAUUUGAACCAAAACCAAUUUAAAAAGAUAUAUCCCCAAUAGUGAAUAACAUAUAGAAAAUCAAAAUACUGUAAAUCAAAAUAGAUUUUGUUUGCCUAUCAAAAUGUUUCUCAGAUGGAAAAACAGGUUGACACUGAACAAGAUUCUGUAUAAUUGCCAUCCUUUUGCCAACAUUCUUCAUUAAUAAAUCAAUUCAUCAAAA